CUCUGCGGAAUAUUUAGAUAAACGGAAAAAGAAAACCAUAGCCGGCGGUAGAAAACAGACGGAGAACGCGCCGGCGAUUCUGAGAGAAUGGUUCGACCGACUUGACUCGGAGAAAGCUGGGAGCAUCACAGCAACUCAGCUAAAGGAUAUACGAUUUUGAUAGGAAUGGGACUAUGAGCUUUGAUGAAUUCGUUGCACUGAACAAGUUCCUCGCAAAGGUUCUACACGCCUUCUCAAACCUAGAGAGGAACCUUUUCAGUUUGUUCGAUACAGCAAAACAAGGCAGAAUUAGUCUUCAUCUCAAUCAGUUCAUCUACUGCACUGCCAAUUGUAGAAUAUGAAGAGGUUACAUCAGGUGUCCUUAUAAGAAAAAAGAAGAAGGAAAAUUCAUUCCAUGAAGUUAUCUUCCCUCAACCAUGAUGAUCCAAAUGGGCUAAAAGGGAAGAACUUGGACUUGCCUAAUGAGAUUGGUGGGAGAAGUUGGCUACAACAAGAGACAUAUGUGUACAUUUCAGAAGUUGGCUGGAAUUUAUCUAAAUUAUCAUAUUUAAGGC